AAACUGGAUACCCACUGCGCAUAGUCUUAACCAAUAAAAAAAUGCAGCUCAACUAUCGCAUCGCGCUGCUCACGCUCCUCGCAUGUGCGUCUUCUAUCCUUGCAUCGCCUGCCAACACCGCCAAGUCUCUCGCCUUCGACGAGGACGGCGAUAAUGGUCUUCUCGCGUCCUCCGUGAGCCAUCUCGCUGAUAUACCAAGCGAUGGAUUCUCCACCCACUCUCGUCGUGUAGAGGACCACAGUCGCUUCCAGCGGCGUGCGCUUUUUAACCCUUCGGGCAAGAAAGGAAACUCGGGAGAGGGAUCAGGGGCUUCAGCUCCCGGGCCCGAGUGCUACCCUGAGGGAAGGUGUCUGGCGUCCAGCUGAGCAUGUGAGAUGAUGUGCGCAGAACAUAGUUGUCUAGAAGGACUCGGAGGAGGCUGGUCUAUAGCGCUCGGCAAACGUAGGAGAGGAUCAUCAGUCGUCGAAGCACUCAAGAUCU